AUGACAUCACCUUUCUUCAUCCCUGUGGAGCUCUCACACACAGCUCUCCUUCUUUCAGAUGUGCAGACACAAAUUCUGAAGCGUUUUCCUACCGAAAUCCAAAAGGAUUAUCUUGACAAGAUCAAAAUUCUUCUCGGCUUCUUCAGAGCCGAGAUUUCUAAGUGUCGUUCCAAUCAGGAUACCACAAUCAGAAGUGCGCCUUACGAUGGUGUGCCUCUCAUUGUCCAUCACACUUUACCCUUCAACCUCAACUCAAAUGCGUUUGUGUCGCCUUACAAUAAACUCGGCAAAUGGGUGAAACAACUCGAAGAUGCAGGUUAUUUUGCAAACGCGCCAUCCGACCCUCAUCAUCCAUACUACGGUAUUCCAGAUGAUAUUGUACCAUCAGGUGGUUGGGGUGGUAAAGAUGAAAUCGUCUUGGGGAAGUUGCAACCAAGCUGCUUUGGAUCAUCUGAUCUGCAGUCGUAUUUACGUGCACGUGGUAUUCGCCAUGUUGUGUUGGUAGGCCUGACAACUAUGGGAAGCAUCCUGGGGUCAGCACGAGCAGGCGCGGACUUGGAUUUUCACAUUAUCUGUGUGGAAGAAGGCAUCAUUGACGACGACCCAGAGGUUCACAAUUUCUUAAUGUCGAAGGUGCUCCCGAAGUUUGUUGAUGUAGUUCACCUCAAAGACAUAUUGAGGCUACAGGUAUGA